AUGAAACCAACCCUCCUCUCACUCACCACCUUCAUCUCUCUCCUCACCCCAGCCCUCGCCAACACGGAAAAAACCAUCUUCCUCGGCCCCGAGCGCGUGCGCGUCCCGCUCACACGCCCAACCCUCACCGACCUGCGGCUGCACACCCUAACCCCGGCCAACUCGACGCUCCGCACCCAACUCCCGGCUCAGUUCCCAUCAGAUGAGAAACCGAGAGGCACCGAGACAUGGCUGAUUCUGGAUGAUUUGACCCCGGGGCAGCGGUACGAGGUGCGCGUUUGCUGGGCCGCGACGCAGCCAACCGAAUUCACACUCACCACCUACCCCCUUCCCACCGUCCUCGACACCCCUUCCCUCAUCACCUCACUCCACAACUACUCCCUCUCCCUUCAACCCCCCAACACCCCCCCAUCACCAUCCCCCCUCCCCCAAACGGAAUCCACGGAAUCAACCCCCUCCCUCCUCCUCCUCCACAUCCUCACCACCGCCGAUUUCUUCACCACCGACCGCCAUCUCAUGAGCAAACCGCCCCCCGUAUCGGUAGAUAUCAUCCUGGACCCGUUUGUUUUCAACCUCCUCCCGCGUUCGCUGGUCGGCACGGUCGGGUAUGUUGUGAUGACGGCGGUGGUUGCGGUGCUUGUGGCGGGGAAGGUGGUGGUGCCGUUUUUGAGGGGGGUUGUUCAUGCUGGGGUGGUAGAGCAGGAGGGGGUGGGGAAGAAGAGGGAGUAA